AUGGGCCCAUUUCUAACGAAUUUUGAUGAUAACUCUGAUGGAAUAUAUGGUGCAGGGCAGUUGGAUGCUCUGAAGCGGGCUCUGGAGGCGUUCCCAGUACCAGUGUGUCUGAACUGGAGCUGGGGGGAGGAGGGGACAGGAGCCACACUGGAGAACAACUGGACUGACAUAGUACACAAUCACUCGAUGAUGUGUAAGAACCAGAGGCUCCAACAGGAGGCACUGUGGGAGUUGUUCCACACUGAGCUCACCUACAUCAACAAGCUCACUGUUGUCACUGAUUUGGUGAUGGCAGCUCUUACCAACCUGCACCAGCAUGGAUUCCUCUUAGAGGUGACACCUGAGAGCCUCUUCUCCAACCUUCCCUCUAUCCUCAGCGCCCACCGGCUCUUCUGGCAGGAAGUGAUGUAUCCCAUGUUACAGGAAGUCCGCAGGACUGGGAAGCCCUUUGACCCCAUGGAGUUAGAGGCAGGAUGCCUGCAGUUCCCUGAGCGUUUCUCCAGCUAUCUGCAUUACUGUUGUAAGGAGGAGAGCACAGUGGAGUUUACGAGCAAACUGACAGACACCAACCUGCACUUCCACACCUACUUAAUGUGGGUGGAGGCACACCCCCAGUGUGAGCGGAUGCGUCUGGGAGAUAUGCAGGCCAAACCCAUCCAGAGGAUCACCAAGUACCCCCUGCUGCUGAAGGCUGUCCUCAAGACCACCCAGGCUCCCCACACACAGCACACACUCAGGGGCAUGUUGGCCUGUGUUAAUGGCUUUCUGCACAGCAUCAAUGACUACUUGAGGCUUAAGGAUGAUGAGCUGGCCCUCUUGCUUUCCGCCCAGAAGAUAGAGGGAUAUGACGUGAUGGAGGGGAUGAAUGAGGAAAUCGAAAAGCAUGUCAGAGAGUUCUGCAGUUUUGAUUUGACGUGCCCUGUCAGAGGGGUGGGUCCUGGGAUCAUACGCAAGCUGCUAUUGGAGGAGACUCUGAAGAUCAGAGGAAGGAAGGAUCACAAGCUGGAGGUGACAGCCCUGCUCUUCUCUGACGUGCUGCUGGUGACCAAGAUCCAGAAGAAGGCAGACAGACUGAAGGUAGUUCGCCCCCCGCUGGCCCUGGAUAGAACACGCUGUGACACACUCAAAGAUGGCUGUUCGUUUGUGGUGGUGGAGGUGAGUGUUCUGGGCUGUGCGGCGAAUGUCUACACCUUCUCCACCUCCAGCCCAGAGAGCUGCUCUACAUGGGUCUUCACCAUCCACGAGGCACAGGAAACACUGCAGGGCCUGAGAGAGACAGAGGCCAGCAGACGACUGCAGACCAAACAGAGAGACCUACAGCUACAGGAACAAGCCACACCCCCUACAGAGCCCAAGAUGACCAUUGAGGAAUCAGUAGAUCAGCCUCCUGACCAAUCAGAAGCAGAGAUCACUUCCUCUUUGGAGGUGAAACCUGUUGAGGAACUCCUCAUCCAAUCAGUGAAUGGAACAUUGGUGUCCAUAGCAACGGAGGCGGAACCAGUAGACUAUAAAGAUGCAAUGUUGCCAGGACAACCACGCAAGCUCAGUGACAUUCAUAACCAAUCAUUCUUCCAACUUCAACCCAAACCCAACGGGCCACACAACCUGUUGCUAGGCGGAUAUCCUGACAUAGACUACGACAUAGACUACCCACAACACCAAUCCAGCACUUUCCCACUUUCUCCAUGCAGGGAAAACAAUCGAAAAGUUUCUAUUGCUAUUAGUCAAAUGGAAUCCCAAGGAUUGCUCUCACAGAGAGGACGAGCCACAUCCACACGGAGGAAUUCUGCCCCCCAGUCAGUGGAGCAACAAGCCAUGAGGAACUUGUGGCUCACCCAAUCAGGAGAGGAGGAGGCUUUAGCGGAAUCAUUGAGGUUUUCUCGGAAGUUGAAUUCACCACGGUUACGUAGGAGAAGACCAAUAAACACUGAGCAGACUGCUACCCUUCAGAUGUCUGGGGGGUCUGACAGCUCUGGGAUGGCCCCGUCUGCGCCACGCACAAACUCUUCCUCCAACUCUGACUCAGACUGCAAACAGAAACUCAGAGGUUCCUACCAACACAACUCAGGUUCCUGCGGACAGAGCUCUGACUCUCACCUUGUACUCAAGCUGGGGUCCUUAAAGAUGAACGGAGGGGUGUUCUGGGACAUGCCUUCAGAGAGAGAGUUCUCCCCAGAGCCCCACAGUUUCCCUGAGCCAGAGCUGCCCAAAGACAUCUCUAAAGAAAAAGAAAACUCCCCAAAAAGCCCUAAGUUGAAGACUCAGAGGAGCGCGUCCAUACCAGAUAUCAUCCUCCAAGAAGGAUAUAGUUCUCUUCUGACCUCAGCCAAGCCCUCCAACGCGCGAAUAGCACACUCUCCCCCUCCUGGGUUGGAUCCAUACUUGCACCCCUCCCCUCUGGAGAGCAUUUUGAACCGGGCCAAGGAGAGAAGAAAGGACAGAGGGAGAAGAGAGGGAAAUGGGAAAUCUCCAACCUUCAGAACAUGGGCUCUUCCUCCUUCUCCGUGUUUCUCCACCACUCCGUCCCAGUCGCCCAGUGAAGUGGAUAGAGAGACUGAGCUGGUCAGGCGGCUGGCCCCCAGUGUCAGUCAGGGAUGGAUAGAGGAGAGGGUGGACGGAGAUGAGAAGGAGGAGAAGAAGAGCAGCCCCGCCUUUCCUGAUAGCGCCAGGACUGAUUGGCCAGGCUGGUGCUUUGAAGCCGAUGAGGUCCUGGAUCAGCUGACCCCAGAGGACAGUGGUGUUGGUGUUGAUGAGGAGUGGUGGGAAGCGGCUGAGGUGGGGAUCAGCCAAACUUUGACCUUGAGAGACUUCCAGCGAAUCGGCACUCAUGAGGACGGGACGAUUAGUCAGGUGUAGUUCUGCAUAGGCUACUGGGAGUCCUUCAUUCUCCAAGACUUUAUCUGCACUUUAUUGGGAAUAAUAUGUCAUUUGAGAUUUUCACUGUGCCGGAGUGGACAUAUAACAACUUGAUACUUUUCCACAGCAAGUGAGCUGAUUGCCACCAAAUGUUUGAUUUCAGUUUGUUGCAUGGAAUGUUUGUGAGUGAUUUUGAGUUUGUGAUUAUGAGUCUGAGUGAACAGCAGAAUAAUUUUCUUCAACCUGCAUAAUAUUGUUAGAACUACAGAUGUAGGAUCUUCAUUUGGUCAUUCUUUUGUUGCUGAGGUUUUUCCUGCAACGCAGGAAUUGCAGAUGAGCUUUGUGAUUUACAUAAAUGUACUGAAAACUCGCACUAACACACGGUUAUAUUAACAAUAUUGCACUUUUCAUGUAGCCUACUUUUGGCCAGCUUCAAGCAACAUUAUGGACUAAAUGUUCAAAUCCUGUUGCUGUAGCGUUCUUAAGAUCCUACAUCUGUAGACGCCUAUACUGUCUUAUACAAGUGUACUUUUUGAUGUGGUGUCAGGUAACUGAAAUGCUGUGUAUACAUAGAACGACGUGUUUCAUUGAACUUAAUUUGAGUUGUUAAUUUAUAAGAGUAACUGCAUAUUUGGUAUUGUGACCCAUUUGGGAGAUUCAUACUGAUAUAUUGUAAUAAAGAGACAUAUUUAAACCAA